AGACCAAACCACCGAUGAUAAUGUGUCACCCUUUGCCACCACACAGCGUGAGGGGAACCGGGACCUCGGGGAGGGGAGACUUUAUCGGUGCGAGCCAGGAAGGGAGGGUGUGUGUGACAAGGGUGGGUUGCCGGGAACUGAGCCGGGGGAGACAGAAGUGGCCUUGUCUUCAGCAGCGCGGGCCGUCCCGCCGUCUCUCCCGCCUGCUGGCUGCCUUUUCUCGAGCUCAGAGGACCCAGGAGUCCAGGUGCACAGCCUCCUCCUCCUCCCUCGGAGACCCAGGAGUCUGGAUCGCCAGCAUCUUCGUCUCCCAGGACCCGGAAGCCCAGUGCUCCCCCCGUCCCCAUGGAGCCCUGUCGGUCCCUGGCACUGCUGGCUGGCUCCCUGGGCCUGAUGUGUGUCGUGGUUGCCCUGAGCACGAAUUUUUGGUUCGUGGCCAUGGGGCCCACGUCUUCCUCUCACUCUGGCAUCUGGCCGACGAAGGGAGAUGAGCACCCCGCAGGCUACAUCUACGUGACACAGAUCUUCGGCAUCCUGGCUGCCCUGUGUGGCCUGGUGUCCAUGGGCCUACUGGUCCUGUCCUGCGUGCCCUCGCUGUCUGCCCCCGGCCGCGGGCCCCUGGUCGCAUCCAUCGUCGCCUUUGCUGCAGCCUUCUCCUUGAUGGUGGCCAUGGCGGUCUACACCAGCGAGCGGUGGAGCCAGCCUCGUAACCCCCAGAUCCAGACCUUCUUCGCCUGGUCCUUCUUCCUGGGCUGGGUUUCGAUCCCCCUCUUGCUCAGUGCAGGUGGCCUGAGUCUGGGCGCUCACUGCUCCGGCCCCCGGCCUGGCUACGACGCCCUGUGAGACGUGGGCGAGGACAGCCGAGUGGGCGUGAGGCCCCCUUCUUCUCCGAAGGUGCCAUCGAGAGCCACCGGACGCCCGGCCCGCCCUCGGCCCUCGGCCCCUGCCCUUUCGCAGUCUCUUCAUUUGUCUCUUCAUCCCUUCAAUAAAAAUGGACUAGA